GAGGGAGUUCCCGAGCCAGGGCCCCGGCAGGUCCAGCAGCUGCCGAGCCUGAACCCGCGGCCGAGGGAGGUGCGGGCCGCAGCCCCCAGCCGGACUCAUGGCCUCCGGGGCGUGCUGCGGGGCGCUCCGCGGCUUCCUCUUCGAGUACGACACCCCCCGCAUCGUGCUGAUCAAGAGCCGCAAAGUGGGGCUGGUGAACCGGGCGGUGCAACUGGCCAUCCUGGCCUACGUGGUCGGCUGGGUCUUUGUGUGGGAAAAGGGCUACCAGGAAACCGACUCUGUGGUCAGUUCUGUUACCACCAAGGUGAAGGGAAUAACCAUGACAAACACUUCGGAGUUGGGACUCCGGGUCUGGGAUGUGGCUGAUUAUGUUAUUCCACCUCAGGGGGAGAAUACGUUAUUCAUCAUGACAAACCUGAUAAUCACACUGAAUCAGACACAAGGCUAUUGUCCUGAGCUUCCAGAUAAGACAACUGUGUGUAAUUCCAGUAAGGACUGUACUGCAGGAUACAUAGGCACUCACAGCAAUGGAGUCCAGACUGGGAAGUGUAGGGAAUACUCCACCUCUGUCAAAACCUGUGAGAUCUAUGCUUGGUGUCCCGUGGAGAAUGACACACAUUUACCUAAGCCGGCUUUCCUAAAGGAUGCUGAGAACUUCACCAUUUUGGUGAAGAACAAUAUCUGGUAUCCCAAAUUCAACUUCACCAGGCGAAAUAUUCUGCCCUCUAUCAGUACCACUUACCUCAAGACCUGCAUUUACGACCCUAAAACGGAUCCCUUCUGCCCAAUCUUCCGAGUCCAUCGAAUAGUUGAAGCUGCAGGACAGAAUUUUCAAGAGAUGGCUGUUGAGGGUGGAGUAAUGGGGGUGCAGAUCAACUGGAACUGUGACCUUGACAAAUCUGCUUCUUACUGUGUGCCAAAAUACACCUUCCGUCGCCUUGAUAACAAGGAUUCUGACCACACGGUCUCACCUGGAUAUAAUUUCAGGUUUGCAAAAUACUACAAGGACGCAAGUGGCACUGACUCGCGGACACUAAUUAAGGCUUACGGCAUCCGUUUUGAUAUCAUGGUGUUUGGAAAGGCAGGAAAAUUUGAUAUAAUUCCUACAAUGAUUAACAUUGGCUCUGGGCUAGCACUGUUUGGAGUGGCAACAGUCCUGUGUGACAUCGUGGUUCUGUACUUCAUGAAGAAGAGAUAUUACUACAGAGAGAAGAAAUACAAAUACGUAGAAGAUUAUGAACUGGGACCCAGUGAGACCUAUGGAACACAAUCAUGACAGCGGUGGUGCGGCAGCAUCAACUGCCCAACAUGAAGAGCUGCUGUGAAUGUUAUUCUGCUUCAUGGAGAGACAGUAAGAUGAUGAUGCUGCAGGCUUCCCUUCCUGGAACUGGGUUAAUCAAUCUGCGUUCUCCAAGUGGAAAGAGAAACCUCCCUCAUUACUUUAGGGCUGACAAACAGUGCAUUCUUGUUCCCUGUCACUGACAAACUAGGGAAAGUUCUGAAGUUACUAGUUGUUCAAAUUCUGCCCACAGUAAACAAAUGUAUGCCAAACUUUCAUGGAAAGCAUCUCAAGAUAAGUAACAGUGGAGUAAGUCUCCCCUUCCCCAUUACUUCCUGUAUCCCCAUAUCCUCUAGAAAGCUCCCUGGAGGGGCCAGCCAGCCAAAGCCUACCUCUUUGCUAGAGGCUUAGACAGUUGAGCCAGGAUGAGUGUUGAGAUGAGUGACAUUAAGUGGGGGAAGGGUAGCUGCCCUCCCUUGAGGUUACUUGUUGGUGGGAGAGCCAGGCCCCUCUUAAGAGGUGAGAUCCCUUCCCCAGCUGUGGUGAACCUGGUGGCUAGUCUUCCCCCUCAGGGCUGGAGAGCAUCUAGCUACAGCAUGAUGGUAAUAAAAUGUAUUUCCUUACUGUGAGGGCAAGUCAACCGCUAACCUGCAGGUUACCCCUCAUGUAUCUGAUCUUCAGGAGCCCAGAGUCGGAGAUGAAGCGCUCUCUAGGUCUCCUGCAUUUGAGUAAGUGGCUGCUGCAUUUAUAAAGAGGCUGCUGCUUUUCUGGUCCUCUUAAAAUUCAGUGUUUGUAAUGAAGGAAAAAGAUGACAACAGUGAUAGCACUUCACAAUGAGUGGAGAUGCCAAUAUUCCAAAUACACAAAUUAACUAUAUUGAAUACACUUUCUUCUAAGUGAUUUGAUAUAAGAGGUGAAUCCAUUCUAUAGUGAACCAAUAAAGCCCUCGCAAAGGUAAAGCAUGGUCUCUUUUCUUAGAAAUGCUGCAGCUGGUGAGGCCAGGGCAGAGCUGAAGUGUUCUCACCAGCUACUGCCACUGUUGGAAAAGCGCUUUUCCUAUGUUGGUGCUAGGGUAGAGGUGUACACAGCCUAGAGGAGGGAGCAGACUCUGACCACUCCAGCUGUGAACCAAACUCACCCUUCCACAGCAGGAUUUGUACGUGGUCCUAAUAGCUACGAUCUAUCCAGUGGACAGAUGCAAGGACUAGUGCUCUAUGAGCUACAGCCUGCCCCUGUUCUCCUUCCCCUCCACAGUCCUAAACUUCAACAGCAUAGCCACUGAAUUUAGCUUAGAUGGGCCUGUCUUAAAUGCCAGGAGAACAGGCUUGGGGGGGCGGGGGUUGAAAAAUCAGGCUUUCAGAGGAAGUCAGCUGUACCUAAGUACAGGAUACAGAGGCUAGCAGGUAAAGCCUCCUAAACCUUGUCUGAAAGUCACUACACUUCUUCCAUUGACAUGGCUAGACCUACAUCUGGGGAAAUGGGGUGGGGGGUUACCUUGUGGACAGGGCCAAGCUCUGUUGUUUGGCUCUUUGCAUAAUGCUGUCACCAGGUGCUCUCAGCAAAAAAGGGAAGAGGUACCCUGAAUAUUUUGCCAGCCGUGGAAAAGUUUUCCCAAAAGAAGUGUCAGAAGUUGCCAUCCAUUAGCACACAACCACCCACAAAGGCAGCAGUAGGAACGAUCUUGCUUUUGGAGGGCUGCUACUCAUCUCUUCCACUUAAGUUGCACAUUUAAUACUAAGCCUAGGCCACACUGAAGAUUUUUCCCUACCAUCUCAUGCAAAUAGGCUGAGACAGUUGCACACAAUGGUUUAAACAAAUGGCAGCGGGCCUGCAGCAAUACUCCCACCACUGCUAACGGGGGUAUCCUGGUCUCUUCCCCUUGCCACUACUAAGAACUAUCCAUCUCAUUUAGCAGCACGAAUGAUCAAGCUCUCAGCCAUGCUAGCAGGUUCCUGCUGUUUCACCAUUUCUCUAAUGCAGGAUAAAGUUCUCUGGGUCAAGCAGAAUAAAAGUUCUCCAAUAAAGAAGCUAACUGGG